GGUGGCAGCGAGGUGGGCGGUGCGCUCGGGCGGGAGGUGUGUGCGCCGGUACCGCGCUGUCCCCCCUGCGGUGCCCGCUCUGGCCGCCACCGCCGCCUGGGGCAUUGGCCCCGGGACCCCUGACCCUGAUCCACGCCCAAACCCUGGCGCCCGAGGGCCAUGGCCGGCCAAGGGGACUGCUGCGUCAAGGUGGCCGUCAGGAUCCGGCCGCAGCUGCCGAAGGAGAAAAUCGAGGGCUGUCACACCUGCACGUCCGUCACCCCGGGCGAGCCCCAGGUGCUCCUGGGGAAGGACAAGGCCUUCACCUACGACUUUGUCUUCGACCUGGACACCUGGCAGGAGCACGUCUACACGACCUGCGUCCGCAGGCUGGUGGAGGGCUGCUUCGAGGGCUACAACGCCACGGUGCUGGCCUACGGGCAGACGGGGGCCGGGAAGACCUACACCAUGGGCACCGGCUUCGACACAGUGAUGGCCGAGGAGGAGCAGGGCAUCAUCCCCAGGGCCAUUGCGCACCUCUUCGGGGGCAUCGCUGAGCGCAAGCGGCGGGCCCAGGAGCAGGGGGUGGCCGAGCCGGAGUUCAAAGUCAGCGCCCAGUUCCUGGAGCUCUACAACGAGGAGAUCCUGGACCUGUUCGAUGGCACCCGGGACCCCGACGCCCGCCACCGCAAGUCCAACAUCAAGAUCCACGAGGACGCCAACGGCGGCAUCUACACCACGGGCGUCACGUCCCGCCUGGUCAACUCCCAGGAGGAGCUGAUCCAGUGCCUGCGGCAGGGCGCCCUGUCCCGCACCACGGCCAGCACGCAGAUGAACGUGCAGAGCUCGCGCUCCCACGCCAUCUUCACCGUCCACGUCUGCCAGAUGCGGGUCUGCGCCCAGCCGGAGCUGGUGGCCGAGACACUGCCCGGGCUUCCCGAGGCCGCGACACCCCGGAGGGAGUUCGAGACGCUCACAGCCAAGUUCCACUUUGUGGACCUGGCCGGCUCCGAGCGGCUGAAGCGGACGGGGGCCACCGGCGAGCGAGCCAAGGAGGGCAUCUCCAUCAACUGCGGCCUGCUGGCCCUGGGCAACGUGAUCAGCGCCUUGGGGGACCAGAGCAAGAAGGUGGUGCACGUGCCCUACAGGGACUCCAAGCUCACCCGGCUGCUGCAGGACUCGCUCGGGGGCAACAGCCAGACCAUCAUGAUCGCCUGCGUGAGCCCCUCGGACCGGGACUUCAUGGAGACGCUCAACACGCUCAAGUACGCCAACCGCGCGCGGAACAUCAAGAACAAGGUGGUGGUGAACCAGGACAAGACGAGCCAGCAGAUCGGCGCGCUGCGGGCCGAGGUCGCGCGCCUGCAGCUGGAGCUCCUGGAGUACAAGGCGGGCAAGCGGGUGAUGGGGGAGGACGGCAGCGAGGGCUACAGCGACCUCUUCCGGGAGAACGCCAUGCUGCAGAAGGAGAACGGGGCGCUGCGCCUGCGGGUGAAGGCCAUGCAGGAGGCCAUCGACGCCAUCAACAGCCGCGUCACCCAGCUCAUGAGCCAGGAGGCCAGCCUGCUGCUGGCCAAGGCCGGUGACGGCAACGAGGCCAUCGGCGCCCUGAUCCAGAGCUACAUCCGGGAGAUCGAGGAGCUGCGGACGAAGCUCCUGGAGAGCGAGGCCAUGAACGAGUCCCUACGCCGCAGCCUCUCCCGGGCCUCGGCGCGGGGCCCCUACGCCCUGGGUGCCUCCCCGGCAGCCCCGGGCUUCGGCGGCAGCCCGGCCAGCUCCAUGGAGGACGCCGCCGAGGUGAUCCGCCGGGCCAAGCAGGACCUGGAGCGCCUCAAGAAGAAGGAGAUCAGGCAGCGGAGAAGGAGCCCGGAGAAGGAGGCCUUCAAAAAGAGGGCGCCGCUCCAGCAGGACAACAGCGAGGAGACGGACGAGAACGAGGACGACGAGGCGGAGGAGGAGGAGGAAGAGCCGGACGAGAGUGGCUGUGAGGAGGAGGAGGAGGGGCGUGAGGACGAGGACGAGGACUCGGGCAGCGACGAGAGCCUCGCGGACUCGGACUCGGACGCCGAGGGGAAGGAGGUGAACUACCAGGCCGACCUGGCGGACCUGACCUGCGAGAUCGAGAUCAAGCAGAAGCUGAUCGACGAGCUGGAGAACAGCCAGCGGCGGCUGCAGACGCUCAAGCACCAGUACGAGGAGAAGCUGAUCCUGCUGCAGAACAAGAUCCGGGACACCCAGCUGGAGCGCGACCGCGUGCUGCAGAACCUCAGCACCAUGGAGUGCUACACGGAGGAGAAGGCCAACAAGAUCCGGGCGGACUACGAGAAGAGGCUGCGCGAGAUGCACCGGGACCUGCAGAAGCUGCAGGCCGCGCAGAAGGAGCACGCGCGGCUGCUGAAGAACCAGUCCCGCUACGAGCGGGAGCUGCGGAAGCUGCAGGCCGAGGUGGCCGAGAUGAAGAAGGCCAAGGUGGCCCUGAUGAAGCAGAUGCGUGAGGAGCAGCAGCGGCGGCGGCUGGCGGAGACCAAGAGGAACCGGGAGAUCGCGCAGCUGAAGAAGGAGCAUCGGCGACAGGAGUUUCAGAUCCGAGCCCUGGAGUCCCAGAAGCGGCAGCAGGAGCUGGUCCUGAGGAGGAAGACCCAGGAGGUGUCCGCACUGAGGCGCCUGGCCAAGCCCAUGUCUGACCGGGUGGCGGGGCGCGUGGGGCUGAAGCCGCCCAUGCUGGACUCGGGGGCCGAGGUGUCGGCCAGCACCUCGUCGGAGGCCGAGUCGGGGGCCCGCUCCGUCUCCAGCAUCGUGCGCCAGUGGAACCGGAAAGCCAGCCACUUCCUGGACCACCCGGCGGCUGGCGGCCACGGCGCCCGCCCGGCCAGGAAGAAGUUCCAGAAGAAAGGGGCCGGCCAGAGCUUCAGCAAGGCCGCGCGGCUCAAGUGGCAGUCACUGGAGCGGAGGGUCGUCGACGUCGUCAUGCAGCGGAUGACCAUCGUCAACCUGGAGGCGGACAUGGAGAGGCUCAUCAAGAAAAGGGAGGAGCUGUUCCUGCUGCAGGAGGCGCUGCGCCGGCGGCGGGAGCGGCUGCAGGCGGAGAGCCCGGAGGACAAGGGGCUGCAGGAGCUGGCCGAGGAGAUGGAGGCGCUGGCGGCCAACAUCGACUACGUCAACGACGGCAUCUCCGACUGCCAGGCCACCAUCGUGCAGCUGGAGGAGACCAAGGAGGAGCUGGACUCCACAGACACAUCCGUGGUCAUCAGCUCCUGCUCCCUGGCCGAGGCCCGCCUCCUGCUAGACAACUUCCUCAAGGCGUCCAUCGACAAGGGGCUGCAGGUGGCCCAGAAGGAGGCCCAGAUCCGACUGCUGGAGGGACGGCUGAGGCAGACGGACGUCGCGGGCUCCUCCCAGAACCACCUGCUCCUGGACGCGCUGCGCGAGAAGGCGGAGGCCCACCCGGAGCUGCAGGCGCUCAUCCAGAACGUGCAGCAGGAGAACGGCUACGCCAGCACCGAUGAGGAGGUCUCGGAGUUCUCUGAGGGCAGCUUCUCCCAGUCGUUCACCAUGAAAGGUUCCUCCAGCCACGACGAUUUCAAGUUCAAGGGCGAGCCCAAGCUGUCCGCCCAGAUCAAGGCCGUGUCCGCCGAGUGCCUGGGGCCCCCGCUGGACGUCUCCACCAAGAACAUCACCAAGUCGCUGGCCUCGCUGGUGGAGAUCACGGAGGACGGCGCGGGCUUCUCCCUCCGGGACCCUCUCCUCCGGGACAAGGUCUCGCGCACCGUCAGCCUGCCCACCCGGGGCAGCACCUUCCCCCGGCAGUCCCGAGGCGCCGACACCUCCCCGCUGACCCGGAGGAAGUCGUACGACCGGGGGCAGCCCGCCAGGUCCGCAGACGUGGGGUCCACGCCGCCCCCGUCCCCCCCCACACGCCCUCGCAACGACCGCAACGUCUUCUCCCGCCUCACCAGCCACCAGAGCCAAGGGUCAGCGCUGGACAAGUCUGACGACAGCGACUCCUCUUUGUCGGAGGUCCUGAGGGGCGUCAUCUCGCCGGUUGGGGGAGCCAAGGGUGGACGGACGGCCCCGCUGCAGUGCGUCUCGAUGGCUGAGGGCCACACCAAGCCCAUCCUCUGCCUGGACGCCACGGACGAGCUGCUCUUCACGGGGUCCAAAGACCGCAGCUGCAAGAUGUGGAACCUGGUCACGGGGCAGGAGAUCGCGGCCCUGAAGGGCCACCCCAACAACGUGGUGUCCAUCAAGUACUGCAGCCACUCGGGGCUCGUGUUCUCCGUGUCCACCUCCUACAUCAAGGUGUGGGACAUCCGCGACUCGGCCAAGUGCAUCCGGACCCUCACGUCCUCCGGCCAGGUGAUCUCAGGGGACGCCUGUGCGGCCGCGUCCACCCGCACCAUCACCAGCGCCCCGGGGGAGCACCAGAUCAACCAGAUCGCCCUCAGCCCCUCGGGCACCAUGCUGUAUGCCGCCUCCGGCAACGCCGUCCGCAUCUGGGAGCUCGGCAGGUUCCAGCCCGUCGGCAAGCUGACCGGCCACAUCGGGCCCGUGAUGUGCCUGACGGUCACCCAGACGGCCAGCCAGCACGACCUGGUGGUGACCGGCUCCAAGGACCACUACGUCAAGAUGUUCGAGCUGGGGGAGUGCGUGGCCGGCACCGUCGGCCCCACCCACAACUUCGAGCCGCCGCACUACGACGGCAUCGAGUGCCUGGCCAUCCACGGGGACGUCCUCUUCAGCGGCUCCCGGGACAACGGCAUCAAGAAGUGGGACCUGGAGCAGCAGGAGCUCAUCCAGCAAAUCCCCAACGCGCACAAGGACUGGGUGUGCGCCCUGGCCUUCGUCCCGGGCCGCCCCAUGCUGCUGAGCGCCUGCCGGGCCGGCGUCAUCAAGGUCUGGAACGUGGACAACUUCACGCCCAUCGGCGAGAUCAAGGGCCACGAGAGCCCCAUCAACGCCAUCUGCACCAACGCCAAGCACAUCUUCACCGCCUCCAGCGACUGCAGGGUGAAGCUGUGGACUUACGUCCCCGGACUCACCCCCUGCCUUCCUCGCCGGGUCCUGGCCAUAAAGGGCCGCGCCACCACCCUGCCCUGACCCCGCCUCCUCCCGCUCCCCCCUCUCUCCCUCUCUCUCCACUUCGGCCUGAGCUGCUUCUCCACGUGACCUGACCGUGAAGCUCUGGAGCGUCCGGCGGUUACCCCGGGGCCCCCCCUAGGACUGAGGUCAGAGGACAGCCCCGGCCCUUGGCCCCAGCAGCCCGCACCACACAGAGGGGACGCCGCAGCCUCGGGGCCAGCUGCCUGGGGACGGGGUGUGGGUGAUGGCCGCACCCCCCACCCCGCUCUCCUCGCCCUCCCUGGACCUUCCCACCAUGGACGCCGACCCCCGUCUUGGGGAGGCAGACAUGGGGGGGAUUUAAGCUGUGACACCGGAGGGCUCCUCUCCUGUGGCCCCAUCCCCCCCUCACUGGCCACACUGCCCCUGCUGAGCUAGCCCAGCCCUUCCUGGAGCCCUGGGCCCGGGGGUGGCCCUGCAGGGGGAGCGAGGCAGCCCCCGCACCCCAGCCCAGCCUCUGGACCACAGCUCCCGCUGCGUCUGAGCCCUAAACAUCGUCCUCAGGUAACUAUGGAAACCGUGUCGGCAGCUGGGCCCCCAGCGCCUUGGCCAUGAACCCCCACUCUCUGCUCACCCCGGCGACCCUCGGGGUCCUGUGCCGAGGGCCGAGGGGGCGCUGCUGGAAGGACUCCCCUGGGCCGAGCUCAGACGGGCUUCAGCUAUUUAUUCUAGCGUUCGCUCUUGCCUCCUGGAAGCUGACUUGAAGUUUCCUCCGCGCGCUCCGUCCGUCCCUCUGCGCUGGGGGCCAGGACCCCUCCAGCCCCCUCCCUGUGGCCGUGCAGGGGAGGGAAAUGCCCCCUCGGCUGUGCAGCCCGGGCCGUCCCUGCAGCACCCCGGGGCCCCCCGAGCACCCGGUCUCGGCCGCCUGGCGGUUCCAGUGCCUUCCUCUGCCCGCCGGGCCCGGCGCCCGCCCUGGGCAGCCCGACACCAGCCUUGCCUCCGGGCGGGCGGGGGGGGGGGAGGCAGCACCACCUGUGUCUUCUCACAUGGGUCUCACGCCCAUUGCCCUGGAAGACAGGGUGCCCCACCAGGAGCCCAGGGCCAGGGCCCCCUCCCCAGAGUCCCUCCUGGGCCACGUGGGCAGCAGCUCGGGGGACCGUGGCCAGCAGGAAGCCGCCUGAUGGUCCCCAGUCCCUCCCAUCCUCCCCCUGAAGGGCCGGGAAGUCCCUCACUCCUUCCCUCUGUUGAGUAUUCAGGAGACAUUCUCAAGCCUUAACGCUGGCGUGGGCCGGGGCCCCCUCGGGAAGAGUGGUGCCGGGUCCACCGGGCUCCUCACCGCCCGGGGCUGGGGGCUCCGCCCAGGGACGCUGUUGACCUGAGUGCGGCCCCUGCUGGGGCACCUCGGCAUCCACGGCCCCUGCGCCCUGGCCUGUGCUCUGCUUCAAGGACGCUUCUCCGCUCGGUGCUGCCCGCCUCGGUGUGGGGCCGGGAGCCCAGCCCUGCUCAGAGGACGGGGCCCGGGGCCCCCUGGUGGUGGCUCUGUUCUGCCCUGGCACCUCCUCCGUCUGGCCGGGGUGUGGGAGCCUCCGCGGCCUGGCCCAGGGCGAGCCUGCCCCUGAGGGGACAGCACCUGCUGGGGCCGGAGCGCAGCCUGCCCCCUCCUGCCCCCUCCUGUCCCCACCCUGCUCGGAGCCCUCCCCAGGCUGAGAAUGCUGCUCUGUGCGGGUGGCCCCGCUGGACGCGGUGGUGACGUCUCCGUGAGCCUCUGUGCAGGCCGGACGCGCCCUCGUGGGCCCCGUGGGCCCCUGGGACCCUCUGUCUCCCACACUGGACCCUCCCUUCCAGCCGCCAGGGGUGCCCGGAACAGAUGCCCCCAGGUCCGUCCCCGCCCCGGCCUCUCCCCGCCUGAGCCGAAAGCGCCGACCCGUAAGGAAGACUCGGCUGCCUGACUUCGCAGGCUGCAGAAACAGACAGACUGCCCGCACGUCACCCCGUGGCGGGGUGGCCAAGCCGGGGGCGGCCGGCGUCCUGCUGGGGGGCCCUGCGGCCCGCCAGGUGUCCCCCCGCUGUUGCCGAUGGCGCGCUACCUCACCGCCGGCGGCUCUGCUGUCCCAGCGCGGCACUGACCUGACACUUGACGUCUCCCUGAGCCAAGCUCCGCAGCGGCGGCGGCAGCCUAGCCGCUCCCUUGCGGGGCCCAAGGUACUCGGCUGGGGGCCGGCCCCCCGGCCUCGUGGCACAAGCACCCCCGUGUUGGAAGCACAAACUGGUCGUGGUCUGAGCACAAGGCAGGUGGCCCGCGCUCCCUGGGCCCAGGUGGCUGGGUCCGUGGGACGUGGGGCCGGCCCUCCUCCCACCAGCGCUCACUCUGAUGCUGGUCAUCAUCCUCGUCCUGUCUUGUGGCCCUCGGAGGGCGUGAGGCCGGGCCGCUGCACCCCACACCCCGAAUCUUCUCUCGCCUGAGCCCACGCUGGGUCCCUGUGAGCCUGGACCCGCACUCCCCCCCCACCCCCUACCCCCCGUCUCUGUCAUGGGGCGACUGGUUCCCCCAGGGCAGCUGGGAGCCGGCCCGAGGAGGAGGGGCGGCCGCGCUGCACCCUGGGCCUCCUGCGGAUCCGGGAGUGGCUGGCCCUGCCUCUCUCCCACCAGGAAGGCAGGGCCGAGGGCCGAGGCUCCCGGGAAGUCGGAGUGCCCGGCUCCGCACCCGCCUGCGGCCGGGGCUGGGUGCGGGCCCCUCCCCUCCGGCAUGCUCCGGCCCUGCUGGCGUCUGUGCGGGAGCACUGAGCUCCUCCCGCCCGGGCGACCCAAGCCUGCACCCUCGGCCCCCUCACCAUCCCAAAUGGACAGCUGCACACUGUGCUCCCCACUGGGCGCAGCCCCCCGGGCCCUCGCCGCCCCCUCGGUUGGUGCAGGGGAAGUUCCGUGUCUCCCAGGGCACCUGCGUUCUGCCCCGUCCACGCCCCUCCCCGGCACUCGACGAGCCCCAGCCUGGCCGCACCCCAGCGCCCCAGUCCUUGGGACCCACGCCCUGAUGAGGGCCUUGCACGGAGGCGGACGCCGCUCUGCGAAGAAGAGCCGAGGGUCUAAGGAGACCUCAGGCGUGAAUCGGGGCCCUGCCCUCCCCACCAGCCCUUUCCAGCCGCCGCCCCGGCCUGGGCCACGGGGGCCACGGGCGCACGCCCCCCGCCCCCCGGUGCUCUGCAUCCAGCACAAGGUGUCCGUGGGUUUUGUACCUCUGCCCGCGACUGUACAUAUGUAUGAAAGUUAUUUAAGCCUCACGUUGUACAUUUGCGCCCCUAGACCGGAUGUGUGUUUGCCCUCAGGAGUUGUCCCGAAUAAAACCCGAAUGGCUGUCA